CCAGCGCCGAUCCACGAGUGCCGCGCGGAGCUCGGGAAGUCUGUGCGCAUGCCGUUGCCUCGUCUUCGGGCCAUGUUCUUCGCGGUGACGCUCCUGCCGCUGGUGGAGGUGAUCGCGCUCACGUUCACGAUGCCACUCUGGGGCGCACUCUUCGGCAGGCUCUUCCUGGGCGAGCCUCUGCCGAGGGUGCUGGCGGUCGCCCUGCCCGCCUGCGCGGCCGGGGUGGUGCUCAUCACCGAGCCCUGGUCGCCGAACGGCGCGGACGCGUUCCCGAGGCGAGGCCUGGGCGCGGCCGUGGCCCUCUGCCAUGCCGCCCUGUCGGCGGCCGCGAAGACGUGCGUGAGGGCGCUGGGCAAGGGCGGCCACCACCCCCAGGUGAUCGUGCUCUACCUCACCCUCUGCGGGAGCGCGAUCUCGGCCAGCGUGCUGUUCGGCCUGCAGGGCGGGCCGGUGGCCCCCUUGCCCCGGCAGUGGGCGCUCCUGUGCGCCACGGGCGCGUGCGCCUUCGGGUCUCAGACGUUCUCCACGCUGGCGCUGCGCGACAUCUCCGUCGGGGAGGCCGCCGUAGUGAACUACCUUUCGCUGGUGUGGAGAGCGAGUUGUACGGCUUCUUGGCGUUCCAGGAGGCGCCCAGCCUCAACGGAACAGUUGGUGGUUUGAUCGUGGUCGGCUGCACGCUGGGCAUGCUGCUGAUGAAGCGGUGAGCGGUCCGCUGCUCCACCCCGCGAACCUCCCACAUCCGAGAGGGCGACCUGGCCAGGUAUCCUCCAGCGCUCCCGCGUCC